UUGCUAUUAAUUACUGAUUAGCCACUAUGUGCGACACAAUGUUAUUCGCGUUUUUGUUCGUUGCCGUUUUGUUCACCCUAAAACUUCUCCUUCCUUCGAGGAAACGCUCCGGCAACGAUCUCCCGCCAUCUCCGCCGUCUCUCCCCUUCGUCGGCCACAUCCUCCACCUGAAAAAGCCUCUCCACCGCGCGUUCCGGUCACUAUCCGAGCGAUACGGACCCAUUUUCUCCCUCCGGGUCGGGUCACGCCUCAUUGUCGUCGUCUCGUCACCUUCUCUAGUUCAAGAGUGUUUCGGCCCGAACGACACGGUUUUGGCCAACCGGCCACGGUUUCUCAACUCCAAACACGUGGCCUACGACAACACGACGGUCGGGACGGCUCCGUACGGCCCCCACUGGAGGAACCUCCGACGAAUCUCUGCCGUGGAGAUGCUCUCUUCUCACCGUCUCCACCUGUUCCAAGCUGUUCGGUCCGACGAGGUGCGUCGCAUGGUGGCCAAGCUGGCGAGCAAGGCAUGUGAAGGGUUCGUGACCGUGAAUCUGAAGAAGACGAUAUCGGUGGUGGUGAUGAACAAUAUAAUGAGGAUGAUCGCCGGAAAGAGAUACUACGACGACGACCAGAGCAAAGAGGAAGGUGCUCGGAGGUUUCAUGAGAUAAUGCAGGACGUCCUGGACAAGAGCGGAGUAGGAAAUCCAGCGGAUUAUUUCCCGAUAAUAAAGUGGAUAAGCCCAAAGUACGUGAAGAGAGUGAAAGAGUUAGGGUUUCGGAUGAACGAGUUCAUGCAAGGGCUUGUCGACGAGAUGCGAAGAAAGCGAGAGAAAAGCGACACAAUGCUCGACCACUUGUUGCUUCUCCAGGAGAAGGAGCCCGAGCAGUACACUGACCAGAUCAUCAAAGGCCUUAUUCAAGCCAUGAUGUUGGCAGGAACGGACACGUCGAUCGUGACACUCACAUGGGCAAUGGCGAAUUUACUAAACUACCCUCACGUCCUCGACAAGGCCCGACAAGAGAUCGACGACCGGGUCGGGCAAACCCGUUUGAUCGACGAAUCUGAUCUUCCAAACCUCCCUUAUCUCCAAAACAUAAUCUCCGAGACUUUCCGGUUAUGCCCUCCUGGCCCAUUCCUCCUCCCGCACUAUUCGUCCGCGGACUGCACCGUGGGUGGAUACCACGUGCCACGUGACACGAUCUUGCUCGUGAACACGUGGGCCAUACACCGCGAUCCCAGUGUAUGGCCCGACCCAGACUCGUUCCGGCCCGAAAGGUUCGAGGGUGGAGAGGAAGUGGACGCGUAUAAGUUGAUACCGUUUGGGAUCGGGCGUAGGGCGUGUCCUGGUGGGACAUUGGGUCUGCGUAUUGUGGGUCUUACAUUGGGAAGCUUGGUCCAGUGUUUCGAGUGGAAGACCAUCGGGGAUGAGCCCGUGGACAUGACGGAGGGGAAAGGUCUCGUCAUGCACAAGGCAGAGCCCCUGGUUGCGACGGCUCGGGCUAGACCCGUCGCCACCAAGGCUAUCGAGGGAGCUGCUUGAAGAACGUGGAUAGGAUUAUUAGUAAUCUUGAUUUGGAAAAUCGAGUAAUAAGCGAUGGAUUUUAAUUAACGUUGAAGAAGAGUAACCAGUAAUAUAUAUGUGGGUGUGGGUGUGUUAUAUCAUUGAUUUUGUUGGUGAUUUCACAAGGUCCAUCUUUUAUUUUAUUUGGUAUUGUUGACGUGCGAGCACCAUUGUUAGACAAGCUACUCACCAUCUGAUUUGUGGAAAGGACUGGCUACACACCAAAUAUCUAUAUGC